AUGGCCGAGGGUGUUGUUUCAAUAGUGGUUCAAGGGCUCAACAGCCCUAUCAUUCAGGAAUUGAAAUUCUUGGAUGGAGUGGGUUAUGAGAUUGAGAUUGGACAAACCCAGCUACAAAUCAUGCAAGGCUACUUGAAAGACGCAGACGCAAGACAAGGACAAAAUGAAGCAAUACAUAUUUGGGUGGCAAGUGUUAGAGAUGCUACUUAUGAUCUUGAGGAUGUCAUCGAAACUUUUUUCUUAAAAGUGGUUCUCAAGAGGAAACCAAAUGUUUUGACAAGGUGUACUGGCAUCUUUAUAAAAGGAGUUAAUCUUCAUCAGAUUGGCUCAGAAAUUGAGAAAAUUACAACCAAAAUUUCACAAUUGAGUUCGAUUUUGCCAAGUUUAAACCUACACCAAACAAGAGAGAGUGGAGGUGACACUUUUUUCAAGAGGCAACAGGAAUGGAGGAUAGCUUAUCCUCAUAUUGUUGACCCUCAUGUGGUUGGUUUAGCCCUUGGAACAGAGAUAUUGGCUACGCAUUUGAUCAAAGAAAAAGGCCUCCGACUUGUUUCUAUUUGCGGGAUGGGCGGGUUGGGUAAAACCACUCUUGCAAAACAAGUUUAUCAUCAUGGUGAUGUUAAGCGUCAUUUCGAUUGCUUUGCCUAGGUGUGUAUCUCUCAACAAUGCCAAGCAAGGAAAAUUUUGGAAGAAAUUCUAACUAAACUCAUUUCUCCUACCAAUGAGCAAAGACAAGAAACUACAAAACUGGAGAUUAAUCCAAUAGCAGAGAGGCUUUGGAAUACGCAAAGAAAGAGGAAAUGUUUGGUGGUGCUUGAUGACAUUUGGAUCAGUGAUACGUGGAGCUUUUUGCAAGCUGGAUUUCUAAUGAAUGAGGAAACUAAGAGGGUAUCAUGGUUAUUGGAAUUGAGUUACGAUAACUUACCUUGUUACUUAAAACUAUGUUUUCUCUACUUAGCCCAUUUUCCGAAAGAUUAUGAAAAACCGGUGUGUACAUUGACUAAACUAUGGAUGGCAGAAGGUUUUAUAUCAUCGACAUCAGUGGAAUUAAUGGAAGAUGUAUCAUAUAUGUGCUUAAGUGCGUUAGUAGGGAGGUGCAUGGUUCAAGUUGGAAAACAUGGUUCGAGUAAGAAGAUCAAGACUUGUCAUCUCCACGAUCUUAUGCGAGACUUAUGCAUGUUAAAGGCAAAAGAGGAGAACUCUCUCCAUAUUAUUAAUUAUUCUACAGUUGUGGAGAUCAAGCAAACACCAAACGAUAGAGUAUUACGGUCACUAUUAAGGGACUUCAGAUUGCUUAGAGUUUUGAAGUUUGAAGGUAUGGAUGUUGGAAAGCUACCGGGUGAAAUUGGGAAUCUAGUGCACUUAAGCUUUUUAAGUGUAAAGGAUAGUAAUAUUCUAGCGGUGCCUUCAUCUAUAGCAAAUUUGGGUGUACCAAUACCAUGGAACAUGGUAUUAAGAUGUCCUAAUAUAUACAAGCUACGACUAUUCGGACAUAUCACAAAUGGCUUUCCAUUUCUUGAAUUUCUUUCUCUUACCCCCUUGAGGGAGUUAAAAGAAUGGAAGGUGGAGAAAGGAGCCAUGCUUAGUCUCUGCAGAUUGCACAUUGCGUUUUGCUUAGAAUUUGAGGCAGUUCCAGAUGGGCUCCAAUAUAUUACUACCCUCAAGAAAUUAACCAUCAGAGGGAUGCGUCCUAAAUUAUGUUGCCGGCCUGGGGAAGGAGGAGAGGAUUUUUACAAAAUCCAACAUGUGCAGUGUGUUAUUAUAACAACUAUUUUACCAAACCGUCCGGGAUAAAUGGUGUGUAUCUCUCAACAAUGCCAAGCAUGGGAAGUUUUGAAAGAAAUUCUGACUAAACUCAUUUUCCUACCAAUUACCAAAGAGAAGAAAUUGCAAAACUAAAGACUGAUCAAAUAGCAGAGAGGCUUUGGAAUACGCAAAGAGAGAGGAAAUGUUUGGUGGUGCUUGAUGACAUUUGGACCAGUCAUGCGCGGAGCUCGUUGCAAGUUGGAUUUCCAAUGAAUGAGGAAACUGAGAGUCGAACUUUACUCACUACUCGCAACAAAGAAGUCACUUCAUAAACUUAUGGGAUAAUUUGUUUUGUAUACUUUUCGUCAACUGAACACAUGUAUCUGAUCUUAAUAUUGUUUCUCAGACCAUAAAAUUUAUGAACAUAAGAAAGAGCUAGGAACAAAGAUGCUUCAACAUUGCAAAGGUUUGCCACUAGCCAUCACGGUGCUUGCAUGACUUCUAGCUAGAAAAGAUACAGUUGAUGAGUGGAAUACGGUGCAUAAGAAUGUUUAUGCAUAUAUAAGGAGAGGCACAGACCUUGGGCCCGAUUACAAAG